AUGGCUCCGCGGGGACUCCCGGGGCCCGCCGUGCUCGCCGCUGCUGUCUUCGUGGGAGGCGCCGUGAGUUCGCCGCUAGUCGCCUCGGAUCAUAGUGGCGGCCAUCCGUUACCCUCCAAAACCCAGACGACACCCUCGCCCACGAACAACACUGGGAAUGGACACGCGGAAUAUAUCGUUUAUGCCCUUGUCCCUGUGGUCUUCGUCAUGGGUCUCUUUGGCGUCCUCAUUUGCCACCUGCUGAAGAAGAAGGGCUAUCGAUGUACAACAGAAGCCGAGCAAGAUGUUGAAGGAGAAAAGGUUGAAAAGAUAGAGUUGAACGACAGUGUAAAUGAAAAUAGUGACACCGUUGGGCAGAUUGUCCAAUACAUCAUGAAAAACGACGCAAAUGUUGAUGUUUUAGCGGCAAUGGUAGCAGAUAACAGCGUGUGUGAUCCUGAAAGCCCAGUGACGCCCAGCCCUCCCGGGAGCCCGCCGGUGAGCCCCGCGCCCUUGUCACCGGGGGGCACCCCCGGGAAGCACGUCUGCGGCCACCAUCUGCACACAGUAGGGGUCCCGUCGAGCAGGACGUGUGCCAUCGCUGUAGGCACAAGCGGUGGCACUUCAUAA